AUGAUUAUUAACGUUUUUCCACAUAACUUUCUAUCUGCCACCAAGAGCAUGGGCGACAAUGGAUUCGAAAGUAAUUCAUCUUCUAAAAGACUUACUCUCCAUCUCACGUAUAGUGAAACGAAUUUUGAAAUAACAUUCACCUGUGUGACAAUUACAAUUGCGUUCUUUGGAGUCAUCGGAAAUCUUGCAGCUAUCGGUAAAAUCAUAUACGAUCAGAAAUACCAUACACCGACAUUUGCUGUGAUCGGGCAGUUGGCUUUAGCAGAUUUUCUAUCAGUUAUAACUACAACUUUUUACACAAAGACAAACAUUUCGAAAAUUUGGUUGCAUAUUUCAUUCAUCGUGAACACGAGUGUUUUUAGUUCUUACUUUCACGUGUGCUUUCUGUCCGUUGUCAGAUAUUUAAUUACUGUUCAUCCCCUACAAAGCAGACCACAUCUCACUGUAACAGCGGUAUGUUUGUGUUCACUCACAAUAUGGAUAUCAAGCGCUGUAAUUGGAACGUGUUUUACUAAAUUUUCGAUAUCAAAUACAUUUUCGGACAGUAUUUUUAUCAUUAUUCUCGAUGUUGUUUUAUUGUUGACAGUUUUUUUUAUAAUGAUCCUUUUACAUGUUAAGAAAAUAAGAUCACUACAGAGUUCAUUGUCUGUUACAGAACAAUCACAAAGAAGAGUGAAUAUUGUUGUCACUGUGAUCAUUAGUAUAUUUGCAAUAUUUCAAUUGAUUAUAAUUUCACUUGAAAUACUAACAAUCAUAUAUUUUCAACUAUUUUCAGAUGAAAUAGUAAUCUAUAUCAAUUACUUAACACUUUGUUAUAUGUUUAUUGGAUGCUUAAAUUUUUCUUGCAAUCCUUAUAUACUAUUUUUUUUCACAAUUUAUCUAGGGCUUUGCGUUAAAUAUUCCGUUUUGUACAGCACCACAUGUAUAAUAUCCAACAUCCAUGGUUAUGUGUUUAUGUAA